CUUCCCUUUACGCAACGUCUUUUGCCCCCGUAUUACAACUCAUCAUGUUGUCGCUACGUACCAUCGCCCGCUCUGUGCCUCGCACCAUUUCGCGCUCUAUUGCCACCACCUCCCGUUCUUCUCUUUUCCGUCCUGUCCCGACUGUCCCUAAGAAUGUCAUUCUGCAAUCUGCUCUGAAGCCCUCUUAUGCUGCUUUCUCGACAUCCCGGGUGUUCAAGCAGUCUCCUGCUGAAGGUGACUUCGAGCUUGCCGCCAAGCUUGAGGAUGAAUUGAAGCACGAGAAGGCUUCCGGUCUUGAAGACCUGGAUUCCUCUGUCCAGAACAUUCAGUAUGUUCUCCAGAACAACUCUUGGGAGGUCAAGGAUGUUCCCGGUGAGCAGGAAGUUGUGUUGACAAAGAAGUUUGGCAAUGAGGAGAUUCGUCUCACCUUUACCGUUGCUGAUCUUCAGAACCUGAGCGAGCAGGAGGAGUUUGACGACCAGGUUUUGAGUGAUGAGCUGGACUUCGAGUCUGGCCAUCAGCCCGCUAACAAGGGCUCUGCUGGGAACGUUUCCCAGCACGCCGAGGACCGUGUUGCCCCGGCCGACCGGGAACUGGAUGACUUGGACCGUGAUCUGGAGCCUAGCUUCCCUGCCCGCGUCAACAUCACCGUCGAGAAGCCCAGCAACGGCGCUCUUCUGAUCCAGACUGUUGCUCAGGAUGGUCUCUUCCAGAUUGAGGAGGUCUCAUACUUCUCCAAGCCUGACUUGGCGCAUGCCCAGACCGCUGAGAAGGACUGGGCCAGACAGAGCCUCUACGCUGGACCUCCUUUUGAGAACCUGGAUGAGGAUCUGCAGACCUACUUGGAACGUUACCUCGAGGAAAGAGGCAUCAACGCUGAGCUCGCCAACAUGAUCCCCGACUACAUCCAGGUGAAGGAGCAGAAGGAAUACGUUCGCUGGCUCGAAAGCGUUAAGAACUUUAUCUCUGCUUAAGCGCGGACCAGUGAUGCAAGAGUUCAUCUAUGAAGAUGCAUCGAAUAAUCCCUACUCCUAAUUCUAAUCCCACCCUUUCAGACAUUACCCCCAUAAAACAUUUUGCGAGGAGGUUCAUCAUCACUUCCUAUGUCAUGCUAGCUUGAUGUCUGCCCAUGCGAAUCGCCUCUGAAUACUCUCUGGGCUGUAUGUACGUGUAUCAAUAUAGAAACGAAUUGAGCAACCACUUGUAUUAUAUUUAAAACCUAAACGUCCCACAGUGUGAUGUAUUGUGCUAAGGGGGAAUAU